GACCGAGCUCCGCCUCUUCCAACGGCAACGGUGCCCGGAUGUUCCCGUCUCCCUGAGCUGCUGCUGAUAGAGAAGCUGACGGUUCCGUAAUGGUUGCUCCGUCCUGAGAGCGCAGUGAGGAGGCGGUGGCGCAGGGUGGCAGUGUGUGACAGCGCCGGCUGAGGACAUUGGUAUUUCCUUGUGUCGGAGGCGGCUGGAGGAGGAGGAGGAGGAGGAGGAGGAGAGCAGCGCCCGGGCCUUGAGGUUCCAGCCAUGGCCCACCUGAAGCGGAGCUGGGAAGAGGCCUGGUCGGAGGAGGAGUGGGAUCGGGAGCACGGACUGUACAGCCUGCACCGGAUGUUUGACAUUGUGGGCACCCACCUGACGCACCGGGACGUGCGGGUCCUCUCCUUCCUCUUUGUGGACGUUAUUGAUGACUAUGAGAGGGGCAUGAUCCGCAGCGGCCGGGACUUCCUGCUCGCUCUGGAGAGGCAGGGCCGCUGCGACGAGACCAACUUCCGUCAGGUUCUGCAGCUAUUGAGGAUCAUCACCAGGCACGACCUGCUCCCCUACGUGACGCUGAAGAGGAGGAAGGCCGUUUGCCCGGAUCUUGUAGAUAAAUACCUCGAGGAGACGUCCAUUCACUACGUCACGCCGCGGACGCACAGCAGCGCAGAGCCGGGCACAGAACAGCCGCAAACUACUGCGAUGCCGCAGCAUCCCAUGGUCUGCUCCCCCCCCUCCGGGCCCCAGAUCUGCACAAAGAGACCCGGCAGGGGGCGACCACCCCUCAGCAGUCAGAGGAAGAGGAGGAAAUCCAUCACACCAGACCCUAAGGAGAAACAGACGUGCGACAUCCGGCUGCGGGUACGAGCAGAGUACUGCCAGCACGAAACGGCCCUUCAAGGAAACGUCUUCUCCAACAAGCAGGACCCUUUAGAACGACAGUUUGAACGUUUCAACCAGGCGAACACCAUCUUAAAAUCUAGGGACCUUGGCUCUAUAAUCUGCGACAUCAAGUUCUCCGAGCUCACCUACCUGGACGCCUUCUGGCGUGACUACAUCAACGGCUCGCUGCUGGAAGCGCUGAAAGGCGUCUUUAUCACAGACUCGCUCAAGCAGGCGGUUGGCCACGAGGCCAUCAAACUACUGGUCAACGUGGACGAGGAAGAUUACGAAAUUGGCCGCCAGAAACUGCUACGAAAUUUAAUAGUGCAAAGUUCCCUGUGACACCAAGGAAACCCCUUUGAGGAUACGUCUGGCGCCGCUUAGCAAACAUGGCGGCCGAUCAUCAUGGAUCCCCCUGAACCUCAAUCAGUUAAUUUUUUUUAUAUAUAUAUAUGUGUGUAUAUAUAUAUAUGAUUAAAAAUUGACAAAAAAAAUGGAGCUCUAUGAACCCAGGAGCGGUAAACACUGUGUGGCGGUGAGGUGCGCGCCCAUCCCGCUGUGAAUACUGCACCUAUAUCAUAACAAUAUAUAUAUUUAUGUACAUAUAUAGAUAUAUAUAAAGCAGGACUAUACAUGUGGACUGGCAUCCAAUGUGCCCCGCCCCCUUCAGGUCACCUGAUGUGGCACCUCCCCUGAGGAGCAUUGAAAUUUCAGUCAACCCGUAUCGUGUGUUUGUAUGUUUCGUGCACAUUUUUAUUUUAUUUUUUGACAAAUUACAGUUCUCGUCCUUUUGGGGCGGAGAGGUCGUGUGUGGCCGCCGGAUAUUCGCCAUUUUUUAUUAUUUUUUCUAUUUAGAUAAAGCAAAGUUUCCAGCCUAUUUUGUAGCAAAGCGCGGCCUUAAUACCCAGUCACCAUAGUCACCUCGUAUUUGUGUGUCCUCCCUGCACCCAGGGGGGGGAACGUGUUACUGAUCUGUUGUCUGUGGGGCGAGAUUUCGGCGACCAUGCACAAUUCGAUUUUGGGAUAUAGAUCGGAUUUAAAAAAAAUUGCUAAAGUCAGAUUUUUUUGUUUUUAUGAGGUACAGUUUACAUUCUUUGUGUCUUCACCCGUGUCAUGACUAUAAAUGUUAUAUCAUGUGUUUACCGGACGCAGAAAUGGCUGCCAUUUUUGUUUCAAUACCCCCCCCUCCUCCCGAAACUGUGGGCACUUAUUAUUCGCAGCAUAUGUGACUCUGGAGUGUAGCCAGGACCCUGAUCAUCCCACCGGGGACGUCCUCAGUGAAGAUCUGAUUGUACCGUGUGAGCGCACAAUAAACGUUACCUAGAAAUGGU